UCCCGCGCCCCGCCCCCCUCGUCCCCCAGCCCCCCUGGCAUGCUCUCAGCGGCGGAGGUGGCCGUUCCACCAAAAUCCAACGACCUGAGUUAAAGGUGGGGCGCAGUGGGUAGGGCGGCGCGCCUCUCCCACCUUCCGGGGGGCGGGUUCCCCAUCUGGCCUCGACGGCUAAAGGUCGCGCCGCCGAACGCGGCCCAGGGGUAGGGCACCGAAGGCGAGGAGGCGCGAGCCCUGGGAUGAGCGGAUUGCUCGAGGGGGCGCGCCCACUGCACCCUUGACUGCCUCUGCCAACCCCACCUGCGGGGUGCGAGGACCCUUGGCCUCUUCACCUUGCCAAGCCUCAGCUUCCCCAUCUAUAACAUGGCUCUGAGAAGGCUGGGUCUGCACCAUUCCCCAGGUUUGACAGCAAAACUUGUGGUCUGUUUACUAAGAUUAUUUCUUCUGGGGCUGUGAAAGAUAGUAGUGUCUUGAGAUUUGGACUCUCCUUAGAUAGGUUAACUUCCUGUGUCCCCAACUUAGAAAAUGACUAAUUAUGGGGGGAAAUUUCCCUUCAAAACUUCUCUUACAGUUGCCUUUCCCUGGGAGGGAAGGGCAGGGGCUUGGGGAAUGUAAUGCACCCUGCCCAGAGUUGAAGCCCCAAGAUGCUACUCUAGAUGGGCAGGCUCUAGUGGCUUGGGCAUCCCGGCAACAGGAGAGGCAGUGGCUCCCCCACAGCUCUUAGCCCUACUUCCCUAGUUCUCUGACAGGUGUCUGUGGUGAGGAGGGAAUUCUGUGCUCCAUUCUUGGCCAUGCUGGGCACCCUGCAGGCACCUGACCCUGGAGGCUGCCUCCCAGGGGCGGCCCUAGCCCUGGAGACAGGCAGAUAUUUGAGGCUACUAUACAGCACCCUCUGGCAUUGGCAAGACUGCUGGCUGUGGCCCAUGGGCCUCUGAGGAGGCGCUGUAAGUCUGCCCAGCUUCCUACUUACUGUGUUACCACUCAAUGGGAAGGGAACCAAGGUCAGGUCAAGUGGGUCCAGACAUUGACACAGAAUUUGAGCGGGCAGGCCAGGGUUUGUCCAGCCAUCAGCCACGGCCUCCCAACAGUACCAAGAUGGAAGUCAAAGGUCAGCUGAUCACCUCUCCUACCUUCAGUGCUCCAGCUGCCCUGUUUGGUGAGGCUGCCCCCCAUGUGAAGUCAGAGCGUCUACGGGGGCUUCUUGACCGCCAGCGAGCCCUGCAAGAGGCUCUGAGCCUGAAACUUCAGGAGCUCCGGAAAGUGUGCCUGCAGGAGGCGGAGCUAACUGGCCAGCUGCCCCCUGAGUGCCCACUGGAGCCUGGUGAACGACCCCACUUGGUGCGCCGGAGGCCCCCUGCAACACGAGCCUACCCUCCGCCACAGUCAAACCCAGCACACCACUCCUUGUGCCCUGCUGAGGAACUGGCUCUUGAGGCCCUGGAGCGUGAGGUGUCAGUGCAGCAGCAGAUUGCAGCCGCUGCCCGCCGCCUGGCACUGGCCCCUGACCUGAGCACAGAGCAGAGGCGUCGCCGUCGUCAGGUGCAGGCUGAUGCACUGCGGAGGCUGCAUGAGCUGGAGGAGCAGCUCAGGGACUUCCGGGUCCGCCUUGGCCUCCCUGUGCUCCAGCCACUACCACUGUCUUCGGGGGCACUCAUCAAUGUCCAGGGUGUCUGCCUGGGCACACGCCUUGCUCAGCUCAGCCAAGAGGAUGUAGUUCUACACUCGGAGAGCAGCUCCCUCUCAGAGUCAGGGGCUAGCCAUGAUAAUGAGGAGCCCCGUAGCUGCUUCUCUCUGGCUGAGCGCCCCUCACCACCAAAGGCCUGGGACCAGCUGCGGGCAGUAUCUGGAGGAAGCCCUGAGCGGCGAGCCCCAUGGAAACCACCAUCAGAUAUUUAUGGGGACCUGAAGAGCCGACGCAACUCUGUGGCCAGCCCUACCAGCCCCACACGCUCCCUGCCUAGGAGUGCCUCCAGUUUUGAGGGGCGAAGUGUUCCUGCCACCCCUGUCCUCACCCGGGUCACUGGCCCCCAGCUCUGCAAACCCGAAGGCCUCCAUUCUCGCCAAUGGUCUGGCAGUCAGGACUCCCAGAUGGGCUUUCCUCGGGCUGAUCCUGCUUCAGAUCGGGCCUCCCUCUUCGCAGCUCGCACCCGUCGUAGCAACAGCUCUGAGGCUCUCCUGGUGGACCGGGCAGCUGCUGGGGGAGCCGGCUCCCCACCUACGCCCCUGGCUCCCCCUGCUGCUGGUCCUCCAGUCUGCAAGAGCAGCGAGGUGCUGUAUGAGCGUCCCCAACCAGUAGUCCCUGCCUUCUCCUCCCGCACUGCUGGCCCCCCAGACCCUCCUCGGGCUGCCCGGCCUAGCUCAGCUGCUCCUGCUUCCCGUGGGGUCCCCCGGCUCCCACCUGUGUGUGGAGACUUCCUUUUGGACUAUUCCUUGGACCGGGGCCUGCCCAGAGGUGGUGGCAGCGGGGCAGGCUGGGGGGAGCUGCUACCUGCCCCUGAGGUCCCAGGACCCCUCUCCCGCCGAGAUGGGCUCCUUACCAUGCUCCCUGGCCCGCCACCCAUGUAUGCAGCUGACGGCAACAGUCCCCUCCUACGCAGCAAGGAGCCCCAUGCCCGUGCCAUUCGCACCAAGCCCUGUGGCCUACCCCUGGAAGCUAUAGAGGGUCCCGAGGUGCAUCCAAACCCAUUACUGUGGAUGCCCCCACCAACUCGGAUCCCCUCAGUUGGGGAGCGCAGUGGCCACAAGAACCUUGCCCUGGAGGGACUGCGGGACUGGUACAUCCGGAACUCGGGAUUGGCCAUGGGGCCCCAGCGCCGGCCUUUCCUCUCCUCCCACGUGGGUCCGACACACGCACCCUUCCUCCAUGCCCGCUGCUAUGAGGUGGGCCAGGCAUUGUACGGCCCCCACAGCCAGGCACCGCUCCCGCACUCGAGGAGUUUUACAGCACCCCCUGUCUCCAGCAGAUACUACACGGACUUCCUGUAUCCCCCGGAGCUGAGCGCUCGUUUAAGUGACCUGACGCUAGAGGGGGAGCAGUCUUCCAGUUCUGAUCCUCAGACCCCAGGGACACUGGUCUGACCUCUCCUGAUAUGCCCCUUGGUCUGGGCAUGACUCCAAUCUGGGGAGCACACAGUCGACCUUGCUGAACCCUGGGAUGUGGUUGCUCUUAGUCUUGAGGGGCAACCAUCUGAUCUUCCAAGGCCCCAUGGCUCCUGUGGGCCAUGUCUGAUACCCUGUUUCUCUUCUCACACUGUGCUAGGGAACUGGAGGGACUCAGCUAGCUUCAAAGAGGGGGGGUUAAUGUUGUGGGAACUCUGCCCCUUUCUCCAUUUCUGUUUACAGUUGUGAUUUAGUAUUCACUGUCAUUGCCCAUUGUUUUAUAAAAGGGAAACUGUGAGCUCAGUCCUGGUUGGGUUCAUUCCUAUCCCCAUGCCCCCUGUUCCAUUCAGGAACCACUCCCCUUCCCCAACGAAAUGGACCAUAGAGUCACAGGGCCCUGUUUGAUGCAGCCCUGAGACUGGUAUGAAAAGAACUCCCUGCCUCCUUUCUCUAGAGUUCUUGGGCAGGCGAGUUCCUGUCAACAUUUGGAAGGCUGGAAAUCUGGGUGGGGUCCCUGAAGGAGCUUUUGUUUCUGUCUCUGCCCAUGGCCUCUGUACUGACCAUCCCCAAUUAGGAGGCCCCACAGGAGGUUGUCACAGGGCAGAACCAUUGAGUAGGUCAUUCCUGGGAUAUUGCAGGUUAAACCUGGCAGCUAGUAGGUGCCAGUAAAAUCCUCAGGUGACGUCUGGCCAUGGGCCACAGGCCACGUCACAUCUUCCUUUUUAACAUAACCCGUGUUUUCUAUACUUGUCUGUGACUUUCUGGAGCUGGGGGUUCCCCUACCCCCUUCACCUGGUGUUAAACUUUUCUUUUUGUACCAAUGGGUCUGGGCCCAAGACACUACUCACACUGGAAGGGGAUUUCUAUAAUAAAUGUAUAAACUGAA